AUUGAACCUAACCAUACCUGCCCAGUAAUAAAAUGUAGCUAGUAAUGAGGUGUGUAUUGAUAUCGAGAAGAAAAAAUGGCACCUAGUGGAGCUACGAGCAUUUCUAUCAAAUAUAUAAUCCUUACGGCUGCUAUAAUAGGAACAUUCCAAGCAGCAACUUGGUUUAGUUUAUCGCUAGUAUCCAUUCUUUUUUAUGAAUCAGCUAUCGAAAUCGACACUACAUUACAACAUGAGUAUGGAAACUAUAUUUACAAUUACUAUCUGAAUCGAAAUAAUCCUAAUGGAGAGAACUACAUUAUUUAUCCGGAAACAUUCAACUAUUUUAUGUGGAUAUAUUUGGUUUUGAGUUUUAUAUGGCUCGUAUCUUCUUGCUUCAUCCUAUGGGCCGUAGUAAGAGGAAAAUGGAAAAACAUGUCAAAACUCAUAAUUUUUUGGUCGAGUAUAACAAUAGCGAUUGCUGUGACUGAUAUUAUUUUAAUGAGUUUGGUAGCAGCUGAUUUACAAAAGGCCCAUGAUCUGUCCAACAACCCAACUGAAACUACAACUGAAACCACAACUAAAACCACAACUGAAACCACAACUGAAACCACAACUGAAACUACAAUUGUAACUUCUACAACUGUUUCUACUACAGUGGAUCCAAGUUUAACAAGUACAACCCCGGGAACCUCGACACAUGUCACAUCUACGUCUACACCAGGUUCUCCUUCAACCGGCUCCUCAAAUCCAACUAGUUCCACGAAUCCAACAAUUUAUACGUCUACGUCUGGCACUACGACCAUAACUGAAACACCAGACUCCACUGUUUCCACGAAACUAACAGUUUCCACUUCUACACCUAAUUCUCAUUCAAGCAGCUCCUCAAAUCUAACUAGUUCCAUGAGUCCAACAACUCCCAAGUCUACUUCCACUAACAUUACGCCUACAGAUGAAACAUCAGAAUCCAUUGUUUCCACGAAACCAACAGUUUCCACGUCUACACCUAAUUCUCAUUCAACCAGCUCCUCAAAUCCAACUAGUUCCACGAACCCAGCAAUUCCUACUACAACUAUAACUGAAACAUCAGACUCCACUGUUUUCACGAAACCAACAGUUUCCACGACUACACCUAAAACUCCUUCAACCAGCUCCUCACAUCAAACUAGUUUCACGAAUCCAACAGUUCCCACGUCCACGUCUAUUACGACUUCAAUAAGUCCUACUGAUUCCAUCACAUCAACAACUACUAAAAAAUAUACUACUGCCCACAAAACUACCAUCCCAACGUCGCAAAGCACAAGCUUCAUUACUCAUAUUCCUACUAAACCAGUGAAAACAACUAGUUCACCAGAUCCUACAAUCGAAGUUCCGCAGUUUCAGGGAAGAUAUCUGCAACUAUCUGAAAACCUUUCGACUGUGGUCUUUCCUCAGAGCACAUAUACAUCUAUGGGUAUUGUAAUGACGAUAGCUGCAAGAGGAUAUGUUUUGUGGUGUAUCAAUGUCAUAUUGGCCAUUGUACUAAUCGUUCUAGUACGACAGAUGAAAAAAAUGAAUCGACCAACGCUGUUGCCGCCAAUUGAUGCAUUUGACACAAGAACUCGUCCCUUCACUCUAUACGACCAGACAGAUAUUGGAACAGGGCACGACAAUAACGGAUUCACUGUUGAUGACAAUAUAAUUUUCAGUCCGAAACGAACCGUGGUUCCCACAGUGGAGAACAUCUCGAGGAAUCCCCUGAGUAACAGCAACAGAAGCAGUAUCAAUGACUCCCAACCGUACAUCUUCAGCACACCCAGGCCUAUCGAAAUCGCCAGACCGUUCAGGAAUGAUCCUACUCCCAUGACGAAACUGGCCAAAAUUGGUAAAUCCGGUAGAGGGCGUCGUACACCCCCUCAAAGUGUCCCAUCGCCAGUACCGCCCAGUAAUGUUCCGUACAUUCCUGAUCCUGACUAUACCCCUCCGAUUAGUCCCGAACCUCAAACGAAAUCGGUUUUGAAACCGAGAAGCAAAUAUGUUUUUUAGACAAUUUUAGAUAGAAUUAAGUCUCAUGCAAUAUUUUUUUAUCGAUAUUUUAAUCGUAUUUAUGAUUUAUCAGUGUCAUUAAGAUUUAUCGUUGUCGUCAUCUCAAGUAUUUUGCAGUUUGCCAGUAACUCUCAUAUUUUAAUCGUAACGAAGUAAAAGAUAUUAGAUCCUG